AUGUCAGAAUCCCCAAAUAAACAUAUGAAACUCACAGCAAAUCUUUCUGAAAAUCUCUUGGAGCACAUCGUCUCAUUGUAUCUCCCCAUCCAAUCUGUUUUAACAAACCGAAGUGUGUCUAGGAGAUUCAGGGAAGCAGAGAUUCGAUCUCGAAACCUCGACUUUAGCGGAAUAUAUUCCGUGAGGCGCAAACAAUCAGACGUCGUACGUGCCGUGGAAGACGUUUUCAACGAGCACAAAGGGUCAGAGAUUAAUCGUUUCGUUCUGAUUCUCAACCAUAUAGGCGUGGAAGACAAGAUAGUCUCUUGGAUCAAGACGUGUCUUGAUAAAAACAUACAAGAAUUUGUCUUAGAUUUCUCCAAAUCUAAGAAAACUAUAGAGAUCCCUAUCGAUUUCUCAGCCGUCGAGACUUUAACAGCCUUGACGCUACGAUGGUGCAAGUUUCACAUUCCGGAAAAUUCUCCAAAGGGUCUUAAACUUUUGAGGACACUUUCUCUAAUGAAGACUGAGAUAAAACAGGAGAUGAUAGAUGCAAUUGUUGAAAAUUGCAUCUAUCUUGCAACGCUUGAACUAAAACAAUGCUUAAUGCGUGGGAUAUUGAGCAUCAAUGCUCAUAAUCACAAGAAGUUCAAGUCGAUAUCUGUGUGUUCUAUGCCGAAGCUGUUGGGAAUCAUUUUGGAUGCACCCACUCUCGAAUGUUACACGUAUGAAGGAUAUGUGAAGGUUUUUGACUUUUCAAGAGUGGUUGCACUUAAAGAGGCGAAUCUCCAUUACAAUCGGAGAUUCAAUUGGCGUUAUGACGCAUCUGACAUGGUUCGUGCUAACAUGGGAGCCCAUGUAGGAGUUCGUGUCUUCGCAACCACAAACAUCUUUCUUGAGAUUAAGAAUUUCACAUUUGAUCCUGGUUUUCUGUGGGAGUUUCAUUAUCAGCAAGAUCUUCAAAAUUAUGAUAACAAAUGUUUCAAGUCCAUCAAAGAAGUUAAGAUCAAUGGCUAUAAAGGCGACAAGCAUGAGCUUAUUAUAGUGGCGUUCUUUGUAUGGAAGGCACAAUCACUAAAGAAGUUGGAGUUGGUGAUUUCUAAAAAAGCGAAAGAGCAAGCUCAAGGAUCCGAUUAUGGAAACAUAAAUGAUAUAAAAAGGCUUUAUCCAAACGUGAUAGUAACCGAAUAUUAA